AUGCCGCGACGAGAGCUACACACGGCUCUCUUCUUCCCAGGACAUGGAGUUCAGCGGGUUGGCAUGGCCAGUACCUGGGUUGACCGUUUCCCUCGGACCUCUGCCAGGUUUUUGGACGAAAUGGAUGCCAUUCUUGGAUUCAAUCUGUCACGUAUCAUAUCCGACGGCCCUAACUCUCAUCUCAACCGGACGGAGAAUGCUCAACCUGCGAUCAUGGCCGUCUCCGUUCUCAUCCUUCGAAUCUUUGAGGAUGAGUUUGGUUUUGACACUGGGUCCAGAGUGGACGUGACUCUAGGUCACAGUCUGGGCGAGUUCUCUGCGCUGGUCGCAGCUGGCUACCUCAAAUUUGCCGACGCCCUCAGAUUAGUCCGUCGCCGAGCCGAGGUGAUGGCUCAAUGCACCCGACGCGCGGUCGAGCAAUCGGGCGAAACGCAUGGGAUGGUAGCGCUCAUUUGUGAACCCGAUCAUAUCGAGAGUCUACUCAGAACCGUGCACGAAUUCCUCGGACUAGGAACCUCCAGCCUCGAUGACACAAGUCACGCCUCACCACCGAUUCAGAGGGUGAUGGUGGCGAACAUCAAUUCUCCCAACCAGAUAGUGCUCAGUGGGAGCAUUGAAAGAAUCAGAACCCUUCUAGUGCAACUCCGUCAGUUUGGGGGGCACGAUCCUCGCGCCGUGAGGCUGAAAAGUGACAGCCCUUUCCAUAGUCCCGUGAUGUCCCCCGCGGCCGACUACAUGAAAACCGCAGUCGAGGGAGUUGAUAUUACCUUCCCAGCCAUUGUGCCCUGCAUUUCCAACGUGUCGGCGCUGCCUUUCCGGUCUAAAGAAGAUCUUAAAAAUCUGUUGUCCAGACAGUGCACCGAUACAGUGAGAUGGUGGGACAGCAUUCGCUAUCUUCAUCAGGAACGAGGAGUGAGACGCUGGAUUGGCAUCGGGCCGGGGAAAGUGGGCCGAAAUCUUGUUGGCAAGGAAGUCGGGCGAGUGGACAUCAAAGGAGGCGGCGUGUGGGCUGUUUGCAACCCCAGGGAAAUGGAAGACACUAUGGUUGGUUUGGAGCAGACCGAGUCCGAAGUCAGAGCUGUCUGA